AUGCGGCUGCCGCUGCCCGGCAUGGAGGGCGCCGCGGCCGAGAUCAUAUGCCACGCGGCCGACGCGGACGCGCGCGCCUCGGCGUUCGGCGUGCCGGCGCUGUCCGUGUCGGCCGCGACGCCGCGCGCGCCGGCGGCGCAGGAGGCGUCGCAGGAGCAGCGGUGGAACAUCCUCAAGCAGAUGGCCCGGCGGCGCCGCACCCCGGCCGCCACGCAGCCCCCGCCCGACGCCUCUGUCGACGAGGCAAUCGCCGCGGCCUUCAUGCCCGCGGCGCCGCCGCAACAGCCGCAGCUGCCGGCGCCGAGCCCGAUCGCGGGCCUGCCCAACAGCCUGGCGGGCGCGACGCACGACGGGCCGCUGGCGCGGCUGAAGCUGGUGAUACACAGGGUUGAGCUGACCCCCGAGCCCUCAAAGGGCUACAGCGUGGUGCUGAAGCUGGGCCCUCACUGGGCCAGGAGCAGGAUGCGGCACGGGGCGGAGCUGGAGUGGCAGCUGGAGGUCCCCAUCUACCACCCCACCACAACACUGAGCCUGGUGGCCUACACUGAGGGCCGGCGGGGGCGGCCAGAGGUGCUGGGCAAGAGCCUCUACCGCAUCAGCAACCUGCUGGUCAUCAACAACAGGGAGCAGUUCAAGACCUUGCGGCUGCGGUCGGACGCCCGGGACGAGCGCACGCAGCAGCGCGCCUGCGCAGGCACCGUCCUGUCCUCCUUCUGCUGCCUCAUCCCGGACCGCCGCCGCCUGCUGUCCGCCUACGAGCGCUCCCCCUACCCCCCCACGGUGCACCUUAUAAACCUCUUCCACCGCGCCAACCGCGACGCCAUCGCCAACCGGCACCACGAGAAGGUCGUGUCGUGGCUGGCGGCCGCGGACCCGCCGGUGCCGCGGGCGGUCGCGUACAACAUCGCGCGCUUCAAGGAGGCGCUCUCCUUCCUGGGCUCCCUACUCACGUGGCAGCGGGAGCUCAAGGCCUGGCGCAGGCCGCGGCAAAACCUGCUGAGCGUGGUGGUGGCGUGGUUCGUCAUAUUCUACCCACGGGAGACGCUCCUCGCCCUCCUGCUCUGGCGCAGCGCCUUCGCCCUGCGGCGCGUGCUGCGCCAGGGCCUGGUGGAGUACCUGGGGGUUGAGCUGGGAGAGCUGUUUGACACCGUGGGCCUGCUGCCCGCAGACGCACCCGGCGAGGAGUACGAUGACGAGGACGAUGAGGACGACGCCUCGUCAGCAAGCGGCGGUUACAGCAGCAGCAGGGGGGUUGCGGGCGGCCGUGCAGAGCGGGGCGCGGGGGACGGGGAGGGGGGCGACUCGGCCGCGGCGAUGAUGUUCCGGCCGCGGAGGCUGAGGGCGCUGCAGCGGCGGUACGAGCAGCUGCUGCGCGUCUCCCUGCAGGUCCAAAACCGGAUCGACGACCUGGCCUGCAUUUUCGAGCGCCUGCGCGCCAUGAUGGGCGGCCAGGACCCCCUCGCCACGGCACUCUUCUUCGGCCGCUGCCUGCUGAUCGCCGCGGCCGCGUGGCUCGUGGGCUACCGGCGGCUGCUGUUUGCGGCGUGGUGCUGGGAGGUGCUGCGGCCCCCGUCGUGGCGCAAGCCGCCGGGGAUCAAGGGGCCGCAGCAGUUCCUUGGCAACCUGCCUUCGCGCUCGGCGGACGAGUGA